CUCUCUCUCUCUCUCUCUGGUUCUCUCACUGUCAAUUCGGUCCUUCAACUCUCGAAAUCGGCACAAAAAUGGCGAUCUUCUCCAGCGGCUCGAGCGCCACUACUUGGCUGCUGUCCCUCAAGGUCUUGCUCGCUUCUACGCUCGUCCUGUCCGCCGCGGUUCUGCUCAACCUGUCCCUCCCGGCCAUCACCGGCUUCGUCACCUCCGAACUCCCUUCCAUCUACGGCCUCCUCCUCACCUGGCUCAGGCCCCCUUACCUCUAUAUCCUCAUCAACUGCAUCAUCAUCUCCAUAGUCGCUUCCUCCAAGCUCCAGCACAAGGCCGACGACCGGGUGGUGCCGGAGCUCGCCAUGGCUGAGUACGUGGCUCCCCCGCCCGAAGCGGUGGUUCGAGCUCCGGCGGAGGAUCUGAAGGUGCCAGGGGCCGUGUACGGUAACGUGUACGAUCCGAGAUUGGUGAAGCUUGGGGUUGACGCCUACGGCGGAGCCGAUGCUGGGGCUUUGGAAGCGGAGAAAGUGGAUGAUGAAGCGGAGAAAGUGGAUGAUAAAGCGGUGGUUGCUGCGGACGGCGGUGACGAUCCGAUGGUUCCGGAAUCGGCGAGUCCGCCGCAGAGAAACGAUUCUUCGGAUUUCUCGUUCUUGAGUCCGAACGAGGAUCGGACAGAAAAGCCGCCCGUUUCGUCGAGGUUCGGUCAUCGGAAGUCGGCCAAGUCAAGUCCCGAAGUUGGGAGGCCGUUGCGGGUCUCAAGGCCGAAGCGGAAUGACACGCUGGAGAGCACGUGGAGGACGAUAACCGACGGGCGCGCGAUGCCGCUGGCGAGGCACCUGAAGAAGUCCGACACGUGGGACUCCCACGCGCGGCGGAACGACGAGAACAGCCCCCCGCCGCAGCCGAAGAUGAAGAAGGCGGAGACCUUCGCCACCGGCCCCGGGCCGACCAACGUGCCGGCGAGCCCGUCACGGGGCUCGGUGAAGCUGAGGAGGGAGCCGUCGCUGGGCCAGGAGGACCUGAACCGGCGGGUGGAGGCGUUCAUCAGGAAGUUCAACGAGCAGAUGAGGUUGCAGCGGCAGGAGUCCCUGAACCAGCUCCAGGAGAUGAUCAAUCGCGGGGCCGGCUAAAGUUAAAGAGAGUACUUCGAAUCGUC